UCAAAUCCAAUCCCUAAAAUGGAAGAAGCCAAAAGCCAAAGUUUGGAAGAGGACUUUGAAGGACAAGCCACACAUACAGGACCCAAAGGAGUAAUAAAUGAUUGGAGAAAGUUUAAAUUAGAGAGUGAAGAUAGUAAUUCGAUCCCUCCUAACAAGAAGGAGAUUCUCAGGCAAAUGUCUUCUCCUCAGAGUAGAGAUGACAAAGACUCCAAAGAAAGAUUCAGCAGAAAGAUGAGCAUUCAAGAAUACGAACUAAUCCAUCAAGACAAAGAGGAUGAAAACUGCCUUCGUAAAUACCGUAGACAGUGCAUGCAGGACAUGCACCAGAAGCUGAGUUUUGGACCUAGAUAUGGGUUUGUAUAUGAGCUGGAAACUGGGGAGCAAUUCCUGGAAACCAUUGAAAAGGAGCAGAAGAUCACCACAAUUGUCGUUCACAUUUAUGAAGAUGGCAUCAAGGGCUGCGAUGCUCUAAACAGUAGCUUAACGUGCCUUGCCAUUGAAUACCCUAUGGUCAAGUUUUGUAAAAUAAAAGCCUCUAAUACAGGCGCUGGUGACCGCUUUUCCACAGAUGUACUCCCCACGUUGCUGGUCUACAAAGGUGGGGAACUCAUAAGCAACUUCAUUAGUGUUGCUGAACAGUUUGCUGAGGAAUUUUUUGCUGGAGACGUGGAGUCUUUCCUCAAUGAAUAUGGGUUACUACCUGAAAGAGAGAUACAUGGCCUGGAGCAGGUCAACAUGGAAGAUGAGGAUACUGAAUAAGGAUUUACUACACCAAUAUCCCGUAUUUCUCUUUUACACAUUGAAAGUUGAUUUUGGUAGUAUCCAUAUUCCUUUAGGGAAGAUCAAGUAUAGCCAUGGCUAUUAUAAUUUGGGGGGGAAAAAAAAAAUCAACACUAAAAUUAUAUUAUUAGCAUUUCUUAGUUAUGUUUAAUUGAUAUAACAUUUUACUACAUAAACACUGUAGUCUUCAGCAAUAUUGUUAGUAGACAAUAUAAAAAAAUUUUUUUAAUAUUUUUUUUUCUAGUGCCAUCGAUUAAUUGAUAUAACAUUUUACUACAUAAACACUGUAGUC